GUUCUCAGCCCUCGCCUUUAUAAGGAUCUCGUCUCGCUUCUUCUGCGAUUUGCACCACUGCCUGUGCUGUCUCCAUUGCUGCUGUUUCUUCUUCUUCAUCUUCUUCUUCUCGUCCAACGACCCACUGCUAUCAACAUCAGCUCCCCCUCUGCACCCACUUAUAUUUGCCCACCAUGUCCUCUGCUACUCCCUACGAUCCUUUUGACCCUCCUUCCAACUCCCAGUAUGAUUCAAACAACUCAAACUCAAACUCAAAGACUGCUAAGAUCCAGGCACAAAUUGACAGCACCGUCGAUAUCAUGAGGGAAAACAUCAAUAAAGUCACUGAGAGAGGUGAGAGAAUAGACUCAAUCAACGACCAGUCUCAAAAUCUAGCCAUCACUGCGAAUUCUUUCAAGGACUCUUCCAACAGAGUAAGAAAACACAUGUGGAAAAAAGACAUGAAAAUGAGAAUUUGCAUCAUCAUUGGUAUUAUCAUCUUGUUAAUUGUUAUCAUAGUCCCAAUUGCUGUUCACUUUUCCAACUAAUCAAUUACCUCAAAUCAAUAUCU